CCAUGCCUCUGUUACCACUCUUCAAGAUGCUUCUCUUCUUCCCCUUCUUCAUCACCAUCAUAUCUGCUGCAAAACUCACCACCACAAACUCAUCCUUCUCAAUGUCAUUCCCACUAACCACACAUUCUCUCUCCACAAACGCAACGGCAAAGAUGCUAUCUUCCUCUCUCAUGCUCUCCUCGAGGAACACCAAGGCUCCUUCUUCUUCUUCUUCUUCUUCCUAUAACUUGAGGUCCACAUUCAAAUACUCCAAUGUACUCAUAGUGACUCUACCCAUUGGUACACCCCCACAGGCACAACAAAUGAUUCUCGACACCGGAAGCCAACUCUCUUGGAUUCAGUGUCACAAUAAGAAAGCCGUUAAGCCACCACCGCCUCCUCCAACCCCCUCCUUUGACCCUUCUCUCUCUUCAACCUUCUCCGUACUACCCUGCACCCACCCUCUCUGCAAGCCUCAAAUUCCCGAUUUUACCCUCCCAACCUCCUGCGACCAGAACCGCCUCUGCCACUAUUCUUAUUUCUACGCUGAUGGAAGCUAUGCCGAGGGCAAUCUCGUCCGCGAGAAACUAACCUUCGCACCUGCCCACUCUACCCCUCCCCUCAUCCUUGGCUGCGCAACUUACUCCAGCGACGCCAGGGGCAUUUUAGGAAUUAAUCGCGGAAGAUUGUCCUUCUCAUCCCAGGCCAAAAUCAACAAAUUCUCUUAUUGCGUUCCGCCAAGGCAGGUUCAACCCGGACCCGCUCCAACCGGGUCUUUCUACCUUGGUAACAACCCGCACUCCACCGGGUUCAAGUAUAUCCCUAUGUUGACUUUUUCACAGAGUCAACGCAUGCCGAAUCUUGACCCCUUGGCCUACACUGUCGCCAUGAACGGUAUCCGGAUAGGCGGGAAAAGACUGAACAUUUCGCCGGCAGUUUUCCGACCCGACGCUGGAGGGUCGGGUCAGACUAUGGUGGACUCUGGAUCCGAGUUCACGUACCUGGUUAGUGAAGCCUAUGACAAGGUACGGGAGGAAGUGGUUAGAAUCGUGGGGCCCAGGAUGAAGAAGGAGUACGUGUACGGUGGAAUGGCCGACAUGUGUUUUGACGGUCGAGAUGCUGGAGUUGAGAUCGGACGGCUGAUAGGGGAGAUGGUUUUUGAAUUUGAGAAGGGUGUGGAGAUUGUAGUUCCCAAGGAGAGGGUGCUUGCUGACGUGGGCGGCGGGGUCCACUGCAUAGGGAUUGGGAGUUCCGAUAAAUUGGGUGCGGCAAGUAACAUAAUAGGGAACUUCCAUCAACAGAAUCUGUGGGUGGAGUUUGAUCUCACCAAUCGCAGAGUGGGCUUCGGUGGUGCUGAUUGUAGCAGAUUGGGUUAAGUAGCAGUGAGUGUGUGCGUGUUCGUGUGUCUGACCGUUGAUCAUCAGAGCGAUGAUGUGAAUCGGACGGUGGAAGAGUGAAGUUGAAAAGGAGAUAUGUUGUGUUCCAGCAUGACGUGACAAGGUCAAUUUGAUUUGGGACCACGCGCUCUUGCAUGGACCUUGCAUGCGUCAAAAGCCAUAACUAAAUUAGUAGUAAUCACGUACACUAUAAUAUCAAGUUAUCAACGAGAGAUGUAAAUAUGAGGAUUAGGUUUAUGUAGAUUAUUCCUGUUAUAUAUUAUUUAUUAUUAUUAAUAUAUGACCCGAUGCCUUUGUUUAUUUGAAAAAACAAAAAAUAUUCAGUGUUUGCGAAUGUCAUCCUUAGCUUUACCCUUCAUAUGUAUACUUUGUGCAAAUAUUAUGUAUUAAUUA